CGCGCGGCGACGUGGCGGCCAUCUUGUGUUGUCGGGGCUGAGGGCUGACUGGGACUCCGAGAGACUCUCCGUCCGGGACCGCAGGUGCCAAGCUCCCUGUUAUCUGGGCUUGUUCCUGCUUUCAACAGUUCCUGAGUAAAGGUAUUUCACAUUUAAAAAUCUCCUGUAAAGAUAUUGAAAAAAAUGGCAGCAGAAACUCAGACACUUAACUUUGGGCCUGAAUGGCUUCGAGCUCUGUCCAGUGGUGGCAGUGUGACGUCCCCACCUCUUUCUCCAGCAUUGCCGAAGUAUAAAUUAGCAGACUAUCGCUAUGGGCGAGAGGAAAUGUUAGCACUUUUUCUAAAGGAUAACAAGAUUCCCUCAGAUCUUAUGGAUAAAGAAUUUUUGCCUAUUCUCCAGGAGGAGCCCCUGCCACCACUGGCACUAGUGCCUUUUACAGAAGAAGAGCAGAGAAACUUUUCCAUGUCUGUAAAUAGUGCCGCUGUCCUACGAUUGACAGGACGAGGAGGAGGAACAGCGGUAGGGGCUCCUCGAGGUCGAAGUUCCUCUAGAGGUCGAGGUCGAGGCAGAGGUGAAGGUGGUUUUUACCAAAGAAGUUUUGACGAAAUUGAGGGUGGCUUUGGGCGAGGUGGCGGUGGCCGAGAAAUGCACCGAUCACAGAGCUGGGAAGAAAGGGGAGACAGACGGUUUGAAAAACCAGGGCGAAAAGAUUCAGUGAGACCAAACUUUGAAGAAGGUGGGACAACAGUAGCAGGGAGAAAACAUGACUUUAUACGUUCUGAAAGUGAAAACUGGCGUAUCUUUAGAGAAGAACAGAAUGGGGAAGAUGAAGAUGGAGGCUGGCGCCUUGCAGGGUCACGAAGGGACGGAGAGAGAUGGCGCCCACACAGUCCAGAUGGUCCUCGAUCUGCAGGUUGGCGAGAGCACAUGGAACGGCGACGGAGGUUUGAAUUUGACUUUCGAGAGCGGGAUGACGAGCGAGGCUACAGAAGAGUGAGAUCUGGCAGUGGCAGCAUCGAUGAUGACAGGGACAGCCUCCCUGAAUGGUGCCUGGAGGAUGCUGAGGAGGAGAUGGGGACCUUUGAUUCCUCUGGGGCCUUCCUCUCCUUAAAGAAAGUACAGAAAGAGCCCAUUCCUGAAGAGCAGGAGAUGGACUUUCGGCCUGUGGAGGAGGGGGAGGAGCAGCACUCUGAUUCGGAGGGGAGUCACAACGAAGAAGCCAAAGAACCCGAUAAGGUUGCCAGCAGAGAUGGGGAUCGACUGGAUCGAGGGGCUGCAGAAUCUUCAGAAGAAACAGCCGGGCCAUCAUCUCCAUGUGCGCAGCCUGCUAGUCCUUCAGAGCGGCCGUCUCAGGAAGCCCUGCAGCCCAAUCUCUUUGAGAGGAACGAAGAGAAUAAAGUGGAGCAGCCAGAAGAGGAGAGCCGCUCCGAGAGCGCCCUGGCCACCCAGGGGCCCAGCAGAGGGGAAGAACUGGUCCCUGCUGUCCAGUCUUUGUCACAGAACGCUUCAGACCCAUCCUCUUCUGGUCUUCUUCUCCCCCCUCCCGUUGCCAGUCCAGGCCCUGCCCUCCGACCUCCCCAGACGCCAGCCCCGGGUGCUCCUGGCAUGAGCAGUGUUUCUGCAGAUCCUGAUGAUGAAGAUGGUCUCAAACACCUUCAGCAGCAAGCAGAAAAGAUGGUGGCCUAUCUACAGGACAGUGCCUUGGACGAUGAAAGACUGACUGCCAAGCUCCAGGAGCAUCGAGCCAAAGGAGUCUCCAUCCCCUUAUUGCAUGAGGCCAUGCAGAAGUGGUAUUACAAAGACCCACAAGGAGAAAUUCAGGGUCCUUUCAAUAACCAAGAAAUGGCGGAAUGGUUUCAAGCAGGCUAUUUCACUAUGUCCUUGUUGGUGAAGAGAGCAUGUGAUGAAAGUUUCCAACCCCUUGGCGAUAUCAUGAAAAUGUGGGGAAGGGUUCCCUUUUCACCUGGCCCGGCACCCCCUCCACAUUUGGGAGAAUUGGACCAGGAACGACUGACCAGGCAACAGGAGCUCAAUGCCUUAUAUCAGAUGCAGCAUCUCCAAUACCAGCAGUUCCUGAUCCAACAACAGUACGCACAGGUGUUGGCCCAGCAGCAGACAGCCCUGUCAUCCCAGCAGCAGCAGCAGUUGGCCCUGCUUCUCCAGCAGUUUCAGGCUUUGAAGAUGAGAAUAUCAGAACAGAAUCUGAUUCCAUCUGUCACUAGGUCUGUUUCAGUUCCAGAGACUGGCUCUAUUUGGGAGCUUCAGUCAACAACUUCACAACCUACAGUCUGGGAAGGUAGUAGUGUUUGGGAUCUCCCUCUCGACACUGCGGCUCAGGGACCAGCUCUUGAACAGCUUCAGCAGCUUGAGAAGGCUAAAGCUGCCAAGCUAGAGCAAGAGCGGAGAGAGGUGGAAAUGAGGGCCAAGCGAGAAGAGGAGGAGAGGAAGAGGCAAGAGGAGCUCCGGAGGCAGCAGGAAGAGCUCCUUAGGAGGCAGCAGGAGGAGGAGAGGAAGCGGCGGGAAGAGGAGGAGCUGGCCCGCAGGAAGCAGGAAGAAGCCCUCAGACGUCAGAGGGAACAAGAGUUGGCUCUAAGACGGCAGCGAGAGGAAGAGGAACGGCAGCAACAAGAGGAAGCGCUUAGAAGGCUCGAGGAAAGGAGGAGAGAAGAGGAAGAAAGGAGACAGCGGGAAGAGUUGUUACGCAAACAGGAAGAGGAGGCUGCCAAAUGGGCCAGGGAAGAAGAGGAAGCUCAGCGUAGGCUUGAGGAGAACCGAUUACGGAUGGAAGAGGAGGCAGCCAGGCUGCGACAUGAAGAAGAGGAGCGGAAACGCAAGGAGAUGGAGCUCCAGCGGCAAAAGGAGCUGAUGAGGCAGAGGCAGCAGCAGCAGGAGGCCCUGCGGCGCCUGCAGCAGCAGCAACAGCAGCAGCAGCUUGCCCAGAUGAAGCUUCCGUCUUCUUCCACAUGGGGCCAGCAGUCUAAUUCUGGGGCCUGUCAGUCUCAGACAACACUAUCGUUAGCAGAAAUUCAAAAGCUAGAAGAAGAAAGAGAGCGGCAGGUUCGAGAAGAGCAAAGGCGUCAGCAGCGGGAAUUGAUGAAAGCCCUGCAGCAGCAGCAACAGCAGCAGCAACAGCAGAAAUUGUCAGGUUGGGGCAACAUCAGCAAACCUGCGGGCACUGCAAAGUCACUGUUAGAAAUCCAGCAGGAGGAGGCCCGGCAAAUGCAGAAGCAGCAGCAGCAGCAGCAGCAGCACCAGCAACCCAACAGAGUCCGAAACACCCCGCACUCUAACCUGCACACCAGCAUCGGGAAUUCUGUCUGGGGCUCUCUAAACACUAGUCCCCCUAGCCAGUGGGCAUCAGACCUCGUUAGUAGCAUCUGGAGCAAUGCCGACACCAAAAACUCCAACAUGGGAUUCUGGGACGAUGCUGUGAAAGAAAUGGGCCCGAGGAAUUCCAGUAAGAGCAAAAGCAACGCCAGCCUCAGUAAGUCCAUAGGUGUUUCUAGCAGGCAGAAUAAGAAGGUGGAGGAAGAAGAGAAGCUUCUAAAGCUCUUCCAGGGAGUUAAUAAGGCUCAGGAUGGAUUUACCCAGUGGUGUGAGCAGAUGCUUCACGCGUUAAACACGGCCAACAACUUAGACGUUCCCACAUUUGUUUCUUUCCUGAAGGAAGUGGAAUCUCCUUAUGAGGUCCAUGAUUACAUCAGGGCCUACUUAGGAGAUACCUCGGAGGCCAAGGAGUUUGCCAAGCAGUUUCUUGAGCGCCGUGCCAAACAGAAAGCAAACCAGCAGCGGCCACAGCAGCAGCCGGACUCUGUGUGGGCCGUGAACCACAGCACACUGCACUCGGUGUUUCAGACCAACCAGAGCAACAACCAGCAAACAAACUUUGAGGCUGUGCAGAGUGGCAAGAAGAAGAAGAAGCAGAAGAUGGUCCGAGCGGACCCCAGUUUAUUAGGUUUUUCAGUAAAUGCAUCAUCAGAGCGACUUAAUAUGGGGGAAAUAGAGACUUUGGAUGACUACUGAGCUUCUGCACACCGUCUGGCCAUUUCCCAUGUCUGUUAACCAUGGAUUCUCCACCUUUGGACAUCACUCUUUAUCAUUUACUCUUGAUCACCUUGCAACCAUCACAGAACCUAUCAUCUCAGGCUUUAUCUUCUAGCCCUUUCUGUCCAGGACUCUGAGCAGUCCUUGUUGGCGAGCCUCUCGGACAAUAGACAAGUGGACUGAACUCUGUCUAUUGGGUGGGUGGUAGUUGGGAUUCCUCCCCAACAAGGAUAACUGUAGACAGCAGGCAUUCACUGGGCUGUGAGACCACCUGCUGUUUCCUGGAAAGCCCGUUGGGAUUUGCCAACAGCAGCUUCCUUUUCCCUAUCCUCCCCUUCCUUUUUUUCUUUUUUUCCCUUUAUUUUUUUUCCUUUGUUCUUUUUUUUUCUUUUUUU